AAAAAAAAAGGUGCAUGGAGCCGUAGACUAAAGUCUCAGAUACGGAGGAAAACACGGUUGCGUUUCUAAGAUGAGAACGAAAGGUAGUAAAUAAAAGUACCAAGUUCGAUUGGGUAGGCCUGUAAAGCACUAGAUAAUGGCCCCCCAACCUCCAAAACUCCGACACCGGACAAACGACGUGGAGUUGACAUGGCAACCUCCCCCAAACAACGCCGUUAGAAAAAGGAUUAUAAAUAAUAUGAUUAUAUAUUUAUAUUAUAAUAUUAUGUUUGCUUGGAAGGUCAGCUUGAAGCUCAGCCUCUUUUCUCUUUUCUCUUUUCUUGUUUUUUCCUCUCUCUGUGUUUCUCUUUAGCUCUGGACUGAAUAUGGAAGGUUGGUUAGUGAAUGUGUUGGAUCUUUUGCGUUGAGAGCCUGAGGAUUCAGAUUUUGACGCCCAUAUAGGCAAAUGAGGUAGUGUUGUUUUCAGAUUUGAAGUUGCUCCUGGUUUUUUGCUUUGAAAAAUUUCAGCUUUUUGCAGCAUUAUCAUGGUCUGCAAGUAGGAAACAGAGGAUGAUGAUCCAAGAACUCAGGCCACAUGCUUACUCAAGUUUAUUACGCAUAAAUAACCAACAGAUUUAACUCAAAAAGAGAUUUCAAAAAUGAAGAAGUGGUCUGGGGGCGUGAUGAUAUUGGCUUUAGCUAUGAUCUUGAUUUUCCGUUACAGUCUUGUUGGAAGACAGCCACAGAAGCAGUCAGCAUAUAGUUUCUUCCAUUACCAUCCAGAAAAUGAUGCGCUUACAAAGGACGACAGCGAGUUCAUCAUGCCUUCCGAGAUCAGAGUGAAGACGGUACCAAAACCAAAACCAAAACUAAAACCGUCGACAAAACCAUCAAAGAAGCCCCACCUUGUUAAUGUCCAAGGACUUGAUCAGCUGUAUAAUUCACACAACAUGUCACAACAAGAUUCGAAGGCAUUGCUUGUAUGGGCAUAUAUGCGUCCCCUACUGUCCCGGUCAGAUGCUUUGCCUGAAACAGCUCAAGGGGUCAAAGAGGCUUCAGUAGCAUGGAAAGAUUUAGUGUCUAUAAUUGAGGAAGAAAAAGCCUCAGAUUUUAGCAGUAGUAAUGGGCCAGAGAAUAAAAAUUGUCCUUCCUCUGUAAAUACGCUUGAUAAGUCGGUCUUAGGUGAUGGAGCGAUUCUUCAGUUCCCUUGUGGCCUUAUUGAGGAUUCUUCCAUUUCAAUGCUUGGCAUUCCUGAUGGGCCCUCUGGGAGCUUUCUAAUUGAGCUUAUAGGUUCAACACUUUCAGGGGACUCCGAGCCUCCUAUUAUCUUGCAUUAUAAUGUCAGUCUACCUGGGAAUAACAUGACUGAGGAGCCAUUUAUAGUUCAAAGUACAUGGACUAAGGAACUUGGGUGGGGCAAGGAAGAAAGAUGUCCUGCUCACAGAUCUGCCAACAGCCUGAAAGUUGAUGGACUUGUUCUUUGCAAUGAACAAGUUGUUAGAAGCACUUCCGAAGAAAAUCUAAAUACAAGUCGUCCUAGUAAUGACAUGUUAACCAAUGUUUCUAAGGGAAGUGACCAUGGAACUGUUAGUUUCCCCUUUGUUGAAGGCACUCCUUUCACUGCCACAUUAUGGGUUGGUUUAGAGGGAUUCCAUGUGACUGUAAAUGGAAGACACGAAACAUCUUUUGCAUAUAGGGAGAAACUUGAACCAUGGUCAGUUGGUAAGGUCAAAGUGUCUGGUGGUUUGAAUCUCUUAUCUGCCUUGGCUAAAGACUUGCCUGUUUCUGAAGAUCAUGAUUUAGUUGUUGAUGUUGAGCUCCUCAAAGCUCCAUCUAUCCCAAAGAAAAGACUGGUAAUGCUGGUUGGGGUUUUUUCUAGUGGAAAUAAUUUUGAGCGUCGAAUGGCUCUAAGGAGAUCUUGGAUGCAGUAUGAGCCUGUACGUUCUGGAGAUGUAGCUGUCCGGUUUUUUAUUGGCCUUCACAAGAACAAGCAGGUUAACUAUGAGCUUUGGAGGGAAGCUCAAGCAUAUGGUGAUAUUCAACUGAUGCCAUUUGUUGAUUAUUACAGCCUGAUCAGUUUGAAAACGAUUGCUAUUUGCAUUAUGGGGACAAAGGUCCUCCCUGCAAAAUUCAUCAUGAAAACUGAUGAUGAUGCUUUUGUUAGGAUUGAUGAAGUUCUCUCCAGCCUUAAAGAAAAGUCGACUAAUGGUCUCUUGUAUGGUCUUAUAUCCUUUGAAUCAUCACCCCAGAGGGAUAAAGACAGCAAAUGGUAUAUCAGUAAUAAGGAAUGGCCUCAUGCUUCAUACCCUCCAUGGGCCCAUGGUCCAGGUUAUAUCAUCUCGAGGGACAUUGCCAAAUUUAUUGUCCAGGGGCACCAGGAAAGAGAUCUACAGCUUUUUAAACUAGAAGAUGUAGCCAUGGGUAUAUGGAUCGAAGAGCUCAGAAACAGCGGUCAAGAAGUGCACUACACUAACGAUGAGAGGUUUUUCAAUGCUGGUUGCCAAUCGAAUUAUAUUCUUGCUCAUUACCAAAGCCCAAGACUGGUGUUAUGCCUUUGGGAGAAGCUGCUGAAAGAGAAGAGGCCCAACUGUUGCGAGUAAAUAUCAAAACCUCACCGCCAUGACUCUUGCGUAUCAACCAUACUCCUUCCACGCAUUUACAUGGGAAGGUUGAAUUGCAGCUCAUUAUGGGCAGAACUGGGUGUUCAAAUUCAAUUCAAUUACAUUCUUUUAUUUAUGGGUUUUCUGAGGAACCCAAAUAGCAUGGUUGUUAGUAUCUUACCAUACUUAUCGUGUUGAUUUCAGUAUAUGUAACUUUACGUGUACCGUAAAAUUCACUAUAUCAAUCGAUAUACAAAUACGUGUUGGUUGAUACUUCUAA